UCCGUUUACGAGCACACUGCGAAAUGAGGUCCUGGUUGCUUCGACAGGAAAUAACCUUCAGUUGUUCUUCGUGUCAGUCAGCUAUGAAGUUGAAGGUGAUGGUGCGUAUGUUUCCUUCAUCAAUUGUCUCCCUGCUCCUUCUCAGCUGUCGUCUUACCUGUGCAGACUCCCAAGAUGCUUGUGAAGCUUACGGCCUCAUCGGCGGACAUUUUACUGUGCCUCUCUACCACAACCUGCAAAAAUCAGAAAAACUGAGAUGGAUACACAACAAAACCAAAAUCUUUGACCAAAGAAAUAACAAGGUUAUUACGGGGAAGCCAAACGACAUUUUGCAAAAUGGAUCCCUGAAGCUGACAAACCUGACGAGAAACAGUGAAGGCACUUACGUCCCCGAGGUUUUUGAUGUGAAAGGCAGACUUCUCACGGAUGCCAAGAAGCUGUAUUUGUGUGUAUUGGAUCUUGUCUCAAAGCCUGGAUUGAAAGUGGAAUGUGCCUUGCCUAAUGUGAAAUUCAUUUGCACGUCUGAUCAGAUACCGAGAGUCACUGUCGAGUGGUUUCAGAAUGGCAAGCUUCUGCCCCAGAAAAAUCAGCCGACUGUGCUACAAAUAGUUCAAAAUGUGACACAUGAUUUGUUCACAUGCAAAGUCUCCAAUCGACUCAGUUCCAUGAGCAGCGAGGCCGUGAAACAAAACUGCACUGACUCAAGCUCCAUUUUCCCCAAAGAAUUAUUUGGUCUCGAUUUUAAGAUCAUGGUGAGCAUCCUGGCUGCCAUUGGAGGUCUUGCUCUGUUGCUCAUCAUCAUCCUGAUUGUUUGCUGCGUCCGAGCCAUUCGAGAAAAACGAAAACGAGUCAAAGAUUUGGAGGAGCUUCGCUUGGCUUGGUCCAAACCAGAAAGACAGCAACAUCAAUGUCCUCAUCAUUCUCACGGUCAACGCGGCAUGCCGCAACGGUCGAGAAGCCAACCUCAGGCCAAGGGCUCCAGACCUGCAGGUGCAGAUCAGCAGGCUCCUCCUCGUCCUCACCCGCGGAAGAAGCUUCCGGCACAAAGAAAGUGAGAAUUCAGACGUCAUUAAUAUCAUCAUCAUCUCACACUAUUUAAGUUGACUUAUUAAGUAACACAAAACGACAAGAAACUUCCAUUAAUGGUGUUUUUUUUUUUUUUUUUAAUUAAAUGCUAAUGAUUUCAGCAAUACUAAAUAUUGCCUACUUACUUUUCACACAUUUGAAAAUGAGGACUUUAAACGUAGUUCAAAUGGAACUAUUUAUUGUGUGAAAACAUUUAUCUCAAUAAAGUUUUUUUGUUUUAUAUUUGACAAAGAAACUA